CUCUCUAACACCAUGAAAGUUUUUACAGUUUCCUGGUAACUCUCAUGGGAGAAGCAUCCAAAUAACUGCUCUCGUUCUCGCUUCAUUGCUAAAGCACAGUAUUCGCCCAUGGAGAAAAUUCCUGUUCCACCAUAUCCUGGACCACCUCUAGAGUCCACUAGUUCUGUACAGCAGACAGAACACCCACCCAAGCCAGCUCCUCGCACACGUCACAUCACUGUAGAGUGUGCUACCUAUUAUCACCAGCAGUCUCCUGGCCCUCAACACCACGGAUCUCGGCCCAUGGAGAACAUCCCUGUUCCACCAUAUACUGGCCCAUCUCAGGAGUCUGUACAGCCGAGAGCCUACAACCACCAGGCACCUCCUCAGAUACACCACACCACUGCGGAGGGUGGUCCCGGUACUCACCUGCACUCUACUGGACAUCAACACCACAGUUCUUUUCCCAUGGAGAAUAACCCUGUUCCACGAUAUCCUGGCCCAACUCCUCAGACACACCACAUCCCUUCAGAGGGUGGUCCCCAUAUUCACCUGCACUCUCCUGGUCCUCAACGCCAAAGUUCUUUUCCCAUGGAGAAUAUCCCUGUUCCACCAUAUCCUGGCCCAACUCCUCAGACACACCACAUCCCUUCAGAGGGUGGUCCCCAUAUUCACCUGCACUCUCCUGGUCCUCAAUGCCAAAGUUCUUUUCCCAUGGAGAAUAUCCCUGUUCCACCAUAUCCUGGCCCAGCUCCUCAGACACACCACAUCCCUUCAGAGGGUGGUCCCCAUAUUCACCUGCACUCUCCUGGUCCUCGACGCCAAAGUUCUUUGCCCACGGAGAACCUCCCUGUUCGUCAGUAUUCUGGCCCACCACUGGGGUUUGAGUCCACCAAACACCACCCAAUUUCAGAGGGUGUCCACUGUCAACACUCACAUUCAAGUUGCAAACCCACCUUCUGUUGUCAACAUGCAAACCACAGUUCUUUUCCCAUGGAGAAUAUCCCUGUUCCACCAUAUCCUGGCCCAACUCCUCAGACACACCACAUCCCUUCGGAGGGUGGUCCCCAUAUUCACCUGCACUCUCCUGGUCCUCAACGCCAAAGUUCCUUGCCCAUGGAGAAUAUCCCUGUUCCACCAUAUCCUGGCCCAGCUCCUCAGACACACCACAUCCCUUCAGAGGGUGGUCCCCAUAUUCACCUGCACUCUCCUGGUCCUCAACGCCAAAGUCCUCCAUAUAUGGAUAAAGAGAAAGCCACUCUUUCAAUGUAUCCUGACAAUCCUCUGAUAUACCCAAGUCAAAAGUCACAAGGCUGUAUGCAGGAAAACAUGUUCGCUCAGCCGGACAGUCCACGCAAAAACUGCACUCCUAUACAGGGUAAUCACAUGUCUCUCGAUGUCACUCGGAAGAUAAAAGUUGAACUCGCCACAGAGAGGGAGAAAAUGUCAGAAUCAUUGGAGCAAAUGGAAUUCACUCAUGUACACCACCCCCAGGUGGAGCCUCUUCGUAGCUCUCAGAAAACCACUGAAUUCAUCAGGCACACUACGGAGUACAUGAAAGUCAGUACAGACAACGUAUCCUCCAGAGCAGUACAGCAAAUCACACCAGAUACACCUGCAUCCAUGUACUCUGUUUAUGGAGCUGGCGCGGGUCAGCCGAGGGUCCAAGUGAUCCAGGGUGGCGGGAAUCAUGUGAUAAUCCAACCCCCAAGGUCGGCAGUGGUGGUCCCGGGCAUGGCUCCACAAACCAUAAUCCAGGCUGCUCAACCUGCUCUGGUGAUCCAGCAUCCAUCUCAGGCUGUUAGGGUCAUCCAGCCGCAGGUUCUGCCCACCGUAAUCCAACCUGCAGCGAACGCUAUCAUAUAUCAUCGUUAUUAAUGAAGUCAUGCCCCGCACGAGUGAGCCAUCCAGCACAACAUGGACGACCCUCGGUGUGCUGCAGUAACAGUGGGAUUAUAUGUUAUCUCGAAAUUCUUUAAGAAAAAAAAAAUAGGCUGUAUUCAUUAUUAAGUUGUUAAUCUGAUCAUAAAGUAAGUGUAGAGUUCAUCUGGGACAUCAGCUCUUCCAGUUCACGGAAACUAUUUUCUGUCCGUGUGAUUUCUUUCCUAUUUGUAUCCAUGGUGAUUAUAUGUAGCAUACCAAAUCAUUAUAUUAUUGGCGUAUUAACGUAAAACCUACAUAAGCUACAGUGUGCAGGUGGGUGUCAGGUAAGAGUCAGGUGUGCAUAUGAUAUUUAAAUGAGGUACUCGUGGGCGGGGCUAAUGCUCAUUUAAACCAGCACUUAGUAAGUUUAAUGAAUAAGGGUCAUUAAAUUGUACAGGUGUAUUAAAAAGGUUAGAUUAAAAUCAUUGUGAUGCAUUUAAUCAUUUCUGGUUGAGGUUUUGAAGUUUUCGUAACUUUGGGAAUGUCUUCUCAAGGUGUUAGCAGCCUUUCCAAGCAAGGCUUUGGUUUUCUUUAUGUGUAUCUAGCACUUAACAUAAUAAAUAGGAAUGGAUUUCUUUGGUAUUUGUGAUUAUGAUAUAUUAUAAUGCAUACUGUUAACACUUUAUAAAUGCAUUAUAAAUAUGGCUAUAAACUCUAAUUCCAUAAAUAAGUAUAACAACAUGUAUAACGCCUUAUGAAUGCAUUAUAAAUAUGGUAUGCGGGUAUUUAAAGGUCAUUACACAUAAGGCCUUUGUAGAAAGUAUUACUAUAUAUGUACACUACCAGUCAAAUGUUUGGACACAUGAGAUUGAAUAUAUGUAUAAGUGUGUAUUUUUUUUAAUUUACAUCACAUUUACUCAUUGCUUGGUGUGGCAAAGACCUCAGAGGCUUGUCUAUAACAUAAUAAUAAACAUUUUAUUGAAUCAUGA